UUUCACUACACAGGCACACUCCGCACAACAAAGCAACACACACGUACAACACAACUAGUUUUAUCGUUUUUGUUUUCGUUUUCGUUUUAUUUAUUUACUAUGCAUUUGAGCGACGAAGGGUGUCAUCAUGGCCGGAUACGAGUCUAUCUAUUCAGAAGGCUUGUGGUUGCCAACGAAAAGCAGAAUGAAGUUAGUGAAGAGGCAGUCGCUGAGGUUCUGGAUCAAGUUCUCGGAGGUCGAACCAGUACCAUCUUCAGCUGCGGCGGAGUCUCUUUCGACGAUCCCGCGGAUAAGGUACACGACAUCCUCAGCGAGCUCUUCACCAGCGUUUACUCGUUGGAGCAGAACAAGGAGGUUCAUGUUUCUGUUCGGCAUGUUCAAUUCAGCGGGAAAUCGAAUGACCCGUCCGUGUUUUUUAAGCGAAGCAGUCGUCGAUUCUCCCGGGAUCACUUUGUGGCCACCGAUCGAGAGGUUCACGCCUACAUCGAAAAGGUGAUGGGAAAAGUAAACCAGGCAGAUGAACUUCCUCACUUCAUUUUCACCGUUUGUGUGAAGCAGACACGUGGCGGACAGUCUCGUAAAUGCAGUGGAAAACUGCAGUUGGUUUACCUAAGGCAACUGGCGGAGGAUUCCCCGCCACUCGAUUCCGACACUCCCGUGGACACGCUGGUGAAUCUGUUCCAGGCCCUCGCCCAGAAUCCCAAGACACACAUUCGGUACCACAACAUUAGGUUGGUUCUUCUGCUGAAGCAGCUAAUGGGCAGCGGUUCCCGCACUGUGCUCGUAAAUUAUUCGCAUGCUCCGGAAAGAAGGGACAACCUGGUGGUCCCCACAUCUAGUCCUUUGCCCAACCAAAGUCUGCCCGCGGAUGUCUGGAGGGCAAUGUUCAGGCAGGAGCGAAGGAGGUACCAAUGCUUGAGGAAGAAGGUCCUGGGAAUGGUGGAGGGCAAGAAAGACCUGAAGGAGUUUCUUGAGAGCCUGGAGGCGAAUAAAACUCCUGAGGAGGAGGAAGAACGGCGUGACAAGGAGAAGCAAGAGAGCUACGUGGAGCAGAUGUUGAAGGAGAUUCGCUCGGAAGCGGUCAAAUCCAUUAAUUUGCUGCAGGAUCUGCAGUCGAACAUAGAUCAACUUAAAGAGAGAAACUCUGCACUGGAGCAGCAGCUGGAGCAGAAGAAUUGCCAGCUGCUUAGGCAAAGCUUCCUCCUCCGAACCGCCCUCUCAGAGCUCAAGGGUCGAAAGCGGAAGUUCCAGGAACACCUGGCCAAGUAUUCGGACAAUUUCCAGGACAUGUGGCAUCGACACAGCUUGGACAUCCAGCAGCAGGAGCAAGUGCAACGGCUCCAGAUAUCGCAAGCCCUCGAUGCCAUCUGCCAGGAGGAUAAUCAUCCAACUGAAGUUGCCGUCGCGGAAGAGCCCAGUGGAAGACCCUAGACUCGAGCGGUUUGCAGGCCACGAAGUCCCCGCUUAAAGGUCACCCAGUCGGUCGGCUUCCUCAGGUCUUGCCAUCUCCAAAGCCAUCCGGACCAGUCACGAACCAUUCGGAGCCAUCUCACACAUAACCCAGCGCAUCUGGCUGUGCUACUUUGCCAUUUAGCUAACGCGGUGGAAACGAGCCGAUGACUGUCGGCAAGUUCGUUGCCUAAGUCUUUCGUUUUGCCCGCCAGUUUUAGGCGCUGUGACGGUUGGGGAUGGCAAUGAAUAGAAAAACUCCGUAUCAGCCAUUUACUUCUGUUAAAUUCCCCGAGAAGUGCGCUUUUUUCCGUGUUUCUAAUUUCUAGUUUCUAAACUGUUAAAUCGGACUAUAAUCAAAAUUAAAUAGUUAAAAUUUUGGAAAUAAUUAAAGAACUAGAGAACCCGCUGAUGCUUUUUAUAACUUGACCAAUUUUCAGCCGACUUCAAAGUGUCAUACCUCUAAAUAUUUGUGGCGGAAUUUUAAUAAUAAUCCAGUUCAUGUAAGACUUUUUGUUCCAAGUUUCUCAUGAUUUCCAAUAGAAGACCCAUAUCUGAACAUCCAGACGCCAUAACUUCGCCAAUUUUAAUCCGAUUCCAAAGUGACAUACAUCUAAACGUUGGUAAUGGAAUUCUUGAACGAACUACAUUUAAAUCCCUGUUAAUUUUUUCCAAAUUAAUAUUCAAAGCUUGUAACUCAAUCCACUCUAAUCCUAUUUGAAAGUAUAAUUACUCAAAAUGUUUGUAAAUAUAUUCUCAUCAAAUCUUUA